AUGUCUGUUUUUCACUUUGAAUCGUAUAGCUCUAAUUUCAUACUCCAUGGAACACCCUAUCAAGGUGGUAUAUUUUUCCUUGACAUAAUUAAUGUUUCCAAGCCACUAUCCCUUCAAACCGCCAAAGAUGAUCCUCAAAUUCCUGGCAUUGCACACUUGUAUCUGGCGGAUAGGCCAAAUCAUGACGAGCUAGCUGCAGAGUGA